UCUUUGUAGAUGGGCCUGGAACAUGAGGAAGAGAAGAUGGAGAUCAAGAGACAGGUAUCCGACCUGACCCUCUCCCUGCAGGAGCGCGAGUCCCAGAUCAGCAGCCUGCAGGCGGCUCGUCACGCCCUGGAGAGCCAGCUGCAGCAGGCCAAGACGGAGCUGGAGGACACCACCGCUGAGGCUGAGGAGGAGAUCACCGCCCUCAGGAAUCACAGAGAUGAAAUUCAGCACAAGUUUGAGGCCUUGAGAGAAAGCUGCUCGGUGAUCACUGAACUGGAGGAGCAGCUCACGCAGCUGAGUCAGGAGAACGCAGAGUUGAACCGCCAGAACUUCUACCUGUCCAAACAGCUGGAUGAGGCGUCAGAUGAGAGGGAGGACCAGAUGCAGCUCAGCCAGGAGGUGGACCGGCUCAGGAGGGAGGUGGCUGACCGUGAGAUGCACCUCAACAACCAGAAACAGAACAUUGAAACACUGAAGACCACAUGCAGCAUGCUGGAGGAGCAGGUAGUGGAGCUGGAGUCCCUAAAUGACGAGUUGCUGGAGAAGGAGAGGCAGUGGGAGGCUUGGAGAGGAGCCCUGGAGGACGAGAAGAGCCAGGCCGAGAGACGCACCAGAGACCUGCAGAGACUGUUUGACAACGAGAAGCAGAAUAGGUGACAUACA